AUGGAAAAAAGUUUUUAUAAUAAAGUUGCUGAGGCGCUGGAACAGGUUGCCCAAAGAGGUGGUGGCUACGUCGACCCUGGAGAUGUUCAGACUGAACGGGACGCUGAGCAACCUGAUCCAGUUAUUGAGCGUGAGGCAAUUAUCAAUAACCCAUGUGGUGGUGAAUCUUAUUCCCCAGGUCAGGAAACUAGGAACAGGAAUGAACAUCUGCACAGAUGCUCUCAGUGCAAGGUUGCUAAAUACUGUGGUAAAUCAUGUCAGAAAGAAGGUUGGCUGGACCACAAGCGGGAGUGCAAGUGCCUUCGGAAUGUCAAGCCUAAUUUUCCUCCAGAUUCUGUCAGACUUGCCGGCAGGAUUGUUUUUAAGCUACUUAGGCAAUCAGCAUGCCUUUCUGAGAAACUCUACUCUUUUUCAGAUCUUCAGUCAAAUGCUGAACAACUAAGUGAAGAAAUGAAAGAGGGCCUCAGGCACCUUGCACAUACCUUGCAACUGUAUCUGAGAGCAGAGAUCCAGGAUGCAUCUCACUUGUCACCUGCAAUUGACUUUUUUCAGAUCUUCACAAAAGUAAGUAUUAAAAUGUGAUUACUUGACAACUCGUAAAUUA